AAUUUAAACGAGUGAGAAGAAUUAUAGAAGAGAAAGACGAGAGCGAGCGUUUGUAGCAGAGGCCAGAGGCAGCAACCAGCUCAGAUCGGCAUCCCUAUUUCUCCGUUCUGUUUUUACAUUCUUUCUAUGCAAAAAUUCUCCCUAAAUUCCAGCCUUCUAUUCUUCUCCUUUUCUUUCUAAUUCCUUCUUUUCUUCAUCUCAUUACCCAUUUCAAGACCUAAUCUUUUCCAAUCAUUCCUCUCUCUUAUCUUGCAUUCAUCUUAAAGGAUCUCUAAUUUCCCUCAUUUUCGCUUUUUUUCUUUUUUUUUUUCUAUGUUUUUUCCACCUCUGUCUUCCUGGGUCUCAUCUUGUCUCUCUUUUCUUGAAUAUUCAACCCUCCUUUUUUUUUCUGUCCACAAUUCACAUUUGUGAAGUGUUUUCAAUAGACUCGCCCAAGAUAUUUGAGCUCAAUACAUCAAAGGCUCAAGCUUCCUCCAGGAUGCAGAAAGGGUCUUUCAAAGCUUGUCCCUUUUUUUAUAAUUUCUGACUCCAACCUUUGUUUCCCCAAAUCUUGUUGCACCCAUUUUGUUUCUGACAACUUUGCGGCGUCUCCUCACCUAAUCUUAAGCACCCAGGUCCUUGGAAUGGACCUUUUCACGGUUUCAGACUAGUGGGUAGUUUUGUUAUUUGACAAGGUCCUUCCUUUUCCCAAUACAUAAGACAACCUAGUCUGAACACCGAAGGGAAGCCAAGCCCAGCCCUUUGUUGUGGCAGUCUUUCUUGAUCCGACACAAGAAAAAAUGUAUGGGACCAAAAGCAAAAUUGACCUUGCCUUUGAAUACCAAUCUCAGGUAGCAGUUUUGAGGCCCAGCAUCCAUUCCAGGAGGGCAAAUCUGACUGUGAAAUUCCAAGACCUUUAUGGAUUCACGGUGGAAGGGAAUGUUGAUGAUGUGAAUGUGUUGAAUGAGGUAAGGGAGAAGGUGAGGCAACAGGGAAGAGUUUGGUGGGCAUUGGAGGCCAGCAAGGGGGCAAAUUGGUAUUUGCACACUACCAUCGGGCAAAGCAGUGCCCUUACAUCCUCCUUAAAAUUCUCAGCUCUGACCAAUGCUAUAACGUUGAAGAAGUUGAUCAGGAAGGGGAUACCCCCAGUUCUCAGGCCUAAGAUUUGGUUUUCCUUGUCAGGGGCAGCCAAGAAAAAGUCCACCGUGCCUGACAGUUAUUAUGAUGAUUUGACCAAAGCUGUGGAUGGGAAGGUCACCCCUGCUACCCGGCAGAUAGAUCAUGACCUACCCCGAACCUUCCCUGGCCACCCAUGGCUGGACACUCCUGAGGGGCAUGCUGCUCUCAGGCGUGUUCUCGUUGCUUAUUCCUUCCGUGAUUCUGAUGUUGGGUAUUGUCAGGUAGGGAUUAAAUACGUGGCAGCAUUGUUGUUGCUUGUGAUGAAGACAGGAGAUGCAUUUUGGAUGCUUGCGUUCUUGUUGGAGAAUGUCCUGGGGAAUGACUGGUACACAACAAAAAACUUGUCAGGAUGCCAUGUGGAACAGCGAGUGUUUAAAGAUUUACUGGCUAAGGAAAGGUCCGAGGUUAAUUGUACACGAUGGGUGAACUGUGUAUCGUAUUGUUUGAUUCCCAGUAUACUUUCUGAAAAAUGUAGUGAUGGACAUGCGGAUUGCGGUCAUAUGAAGGAAGAUGAGUUGAUUCUAACCCAUCAUGUUGGCGAAGUGAUCAACAUUUUGCAGACGACCACGCAUCAUCUAUUUGAUCCAGACGAUCUAUUGACAGUGGCAUUUGAUAAGAUAGGAUCAAUGACAACAAACACGAUAUCAAAGCAAAGGAAGAAACAAGAACCUGAAGUGAUGAAGGAGCUUGAUCAGAGGAUCAGACGGUUAAAUUCCCUUAGAACAGAUGACAAAUAGCAUUAGCUUUCAUUUCAUGUCUUUUGGGUUUUUUUUUGGUACCUUUCGUUACGUUACGUUUCUCUAAUUUAAUCUGAAAUGGUAUCGCCCUCGGGGCAUGACACAAGCCCUGUUCAUUUUCAGGAUGUUUGUAGGUCAUUAAGUGUAAAUUUGGAUACGGACAUAAUAAUCUAUUAAUUAAUCUUAUAAUUUCUAUCAA